UCAGCCAUUUUGUUUGAGGUGUUGACAUUCAACCGCUGAGUUCAGCGAACUAAUGUAGUUGAUAUGGGUUCCGGUAUAUUCCUAAUAUAAACUGGACUCUGGUUUACUUAAGAUAUUCGAUAUAAACCACAAUUAAGCAGCCUUUGUACGCGAUUUCCUACAAAACAUUCUAUAUUAAAUGUUAGAGCUAUUUGACUCAUAUUUGCGUAGAAUUUUCGGACGAGCUAACACGUUAGCUCUGGCAAAAUGGCGGCGAAUGCGGCACAGCAAGCUCCGACACCAAACUGGCCGUAUGGUAGUAAUUCAAGCGGUGAAAGCAAAGUCCAUGAGAACCCAGAAUGGGAAAAGGCCCGACAGGCUCUAGCCUCCAUUAGUAAAAGUCAGAACUCUACCAAGACUUCACCAACCAAUCACACCACCCAACAGACCGGACCUUAUCAGGCAACAGACUCAUCUGCAAUGCAACAACAGCAGCAGCAAUACUAUCAGCAGUGGUAUCAACAGAACCAACAACAGUAUGCUGGUUACCCAUAUCCAUAUAACUACUACUACCCCAUGCCUCCGUAUGGAGGACCAUAUCCUCCAGGACAGUAUGGUGUUCCAGGGGGCUACCAGACACCUGCUACACCCACUGGACAGGCCCCUGCUAUGCCCAUGAUGGAAGAUCAGUCCUCCAGCUAUCCCUCCCAGCCCCCUCCUCCUGCAACCUCUUACCCCCCUCCACCAUCCCAGACCCCCUACAACCCUAAUUGUACCAUGCCAUACAGCCCCACUGAUUCAAGCGCUAUGAUGCAGGGCUACAAUUCAGGACAGAUUCGGCCAGGGUACCAGGGUUACCAAACUCCAGCAUAUCAGCCCCCUCAACAGCAGGGUCCAGGACAGGGCCUAUAUGGUGGCCCAGGCAGGGUGGAUGCUAAGAAACCUAACAAUAGCAAUAUGAACAAAGGUGGCCAGCAGCUGUGGCAACGCAUGAAACAGGCUCCUGGAACCGGUGCUGUCAAAUUUAAUAUACAAAAACGCCCAUAUGUCAUGACCAAUCAGAACUUUCCUUCAGGUGAUCAGGCCCCUGGAUUGGCUUCACCCACUGCGACAAACCCAUCGCCUGGGUCUGUUGCUGCAACCUCUACUACUUCCACAGGAGCCGCCCAAACUCGGCCACAGGACUGGCCACAGGCUAUGAAAGAGUAUGUACAACGCUGCUUCACAGCCUGCGAAUCUGAAGAGGAUAAGGACCGAACAGAAAAAGUGCUGAAAGAUCUUCUGCAGUCCAGACUACAGGAUGGCUCUGCUUACACUAUCGACUGGACCAGAGAACCACUGCCAGAUUUGAAGACAAAGCAGUCUCGCUGGGAGGCAGCUCCUCAGCGUUCUCAAGAAAAUGCUAUUGGGAGAGGUGGAGCCACCCGUGGCAGGCUUGGGGCCAGGUUGGGUAACUACAGAAAUGUCUUUUCUCAAAGAAGCCCCUCUUCAAGCUCCUCCCACUCAUCCUGCUCCUCGUCACGAUCCCCGUCACCUCACAGCCGACACAGGGACCGGAGUAGACAUCAUCGCAGUUCUUUUCUGACUUCCAUCAGGAAUAUGGAAGACCUCGCCAGUGGUAUUGGUAAAAAGCGGAAAGGUGGUAAUGCAGGGCUUGACUUUCAUGACCCAAAUCGUGAAGCGAAGAAGCAGAGCCGGGCAGCACGCUUCCACACUAAACUACGCACUGAACCCCUGGUGUUAAACAUUAAUGUUUUUGACCUCCCUAAUGGCACACAAGAGGGAUUGAGUUGGGAUGAAUGCCCCAUAGUUGGCACCUGCCAGGACAUCACCAAAAACUACCUGCGCCUGACCUGUGCCCCUGACCCUGCAACCGUCAGACCCAUAUCUGUGUUGCGAAAGUCCCUGAUUGCAGUUAAAACCCAUUGGAAGUCCAAUCAGGAUUACUUGUACGCAUGUGAACAAAUGAAGUCAAUACGACAGGAUCUCACUGUUCAAGGUGUGCGUACAGACUUCACUGUGGAGGUGUAUGAAACACAUGCUCGCAUCGCUUUGGAAAAGGGUGACCACGAGGAGUUCAACCAGUGCCAGACCCAGCUGAAGGCGCUGUAUAAAGACUGCUCAUCGGACAACGUGGGAGAAUUCACUGCCUACAGACUUAUCUACUAUAUCUUUACUAAGAAUUCUGGAGACCUGACAACCGAGCUUGUGUACCUGACCCCUGAGCUCCGUGCUGAUCCGUGUGUAGCUCAUGCUCUUGAGCUCCGUACUGCCUGGGCACUUGGAAACUUCCACCGGUUCUUCAAACUCUAUCAGAAUGCUCCACGUAUGGCUGCUUACCUUAUUGAUAAGUUUGUGGAGCGUGAAAGAAAUCUAGCGCUGAGGGCUAUUCUUAAAACGUUCAGGCCCUCUGUGCCGGUGGAGUAUGUGCAGUCCAGCUUGGCCUUCUCGGAUUUAGACUCAUGUUUAGCAUUUCUAACAGGGCUUGGGGUUACAUUAACCCCCUCUGACCCAAGCAAAAUAGACUGUAAAGUUAGCUCAGCCAGUCUUACAACUUUAUAGUAUGGGAAAAGGGUGGGGGUUGACCAGAGAAUUGGCUUUUAUAGAGCUUAAAAAGACAAAACUGUAGAUAAGGGACCAGAUAUCUACACAACAGAUAAGACACACUCAGUCUAGAACUGAUCAUAUUUAUGAAAGAUAACUUUUUUUUUUAACUCUUGUAGAGUGAUGGACUUUCUGACAGAUGACAUACAGGGACUAGGUGCCAUAUUCAAGACCCAGUAUAGCCUAUUCACACAGCCCAUUUAAUGAAGUAUCAGACAACCAGUUUACUUGCGCACACUAUCCCUUACACCAAUAGAAAAAGGAAAAAGAGGCAAAGAUCUGAUGGGGUCGGGGUCAGCAGGUUAUGUCAGGUCCCCACAUCACAGAGCUCAAAAAAGCAUUUAAGCUAACAGUGUUGUGUGUUCUCAUGUUUUUCUCCCCUCAAGCAAACAGCCGCAAAGCUCAAGACCUGAAAACAUCAUGGUUAACCAAGAAUAUAAUGUGAGCCAGUUGCCACCAAUGGUGUACCAGCUCAUCAAGUCUAUGUGAAGCCAAAGGAUCCUUCUGCAAGGUUUUGGUCAUCUUUAAUGGACUUUAAAGCAAAGUGAGCUUCAGUGCAAUCCUUCAAGCAAGAAGAGGAUGGUUUGUAUUCCCUAUCUUUCUCUUUGCCUGAGAUGUCUUCAGUGGUUCACUGGUGGAGGUGCUCUGUUGGAUCUCCUGGCUCCCUUCAUCUCUAGGAUCCUAAUGCUGAUAGCAUGUAAUAUUUGGACUGAGCUAUAACAAGACAACCACCGUUAAAAAAUGCAGAUUAGGCCCUGUUCCGCAUUGUGAUAAGUUCCGCGCCCUUCCCGCACAGUCUUCUCUCCCUCUCCUGCACAUCAUCAACACUCAAGAAGCUGGCCUUCAUUAGUCAAAGAUAACCUCCUAAUCAUUCCUCGACACCCAGAAAGCACAACUCAGUGACUCAAAAUAUUUCACUUCCACCCCAGCUGUGAUCUGAACAGGGCCUAUCAUUCUAAAAGUCAUCCAAGUCCACUUAGGGUGUUCAUUCACCACUAGGUUUGACCACCAGCUUCUGAAGAGCGAAGUCCUCUUACAAAGCACCCCCCAGCAUAGAAGGUCCCUAAGCCUAACAUGCAGUCAGCCUGAGAAGCAAAAGUUAUUCAGAAGGAAAAGCAAGCUCUGUUUUCCAUCACAGCAAGUUGGCGGCUCUCUCUUGUCUCCUCUUCAGAUGGUGAUCUCCACUAGUCACCUCACUUCUACAAGGGCAUCCACUGUCCUGCUGGGGUUUGGAAACACAUGGGUUUGUAUGGCUCCUUAAGCUUUGGCCACGUCAACUGGUAAUGGCUGGUAAGAAGGACUUGAUAUUUUGAAAACGUGGUGAAAUCUUCGUUCAGCUUGGGUUGAGGUGUUACCACUGUUGAACAACGUGCUUGGAUUGGUAUCGGUUUAAUCCUUCUGGCAGGUUGUGAAUUUGUCAUUUCUCAUUUUAAAAUGGGCCUAAUACUGAACCCUGUUGCACUCCUUAUCUGCAAGAUUGACACCAA